GUGCCUUGGUUUGAAACCUGUAAUUUAGCUGGAUUUUUCUUAAUGGAAUAGAGGAACAACUGGAAUCAGGUAGACUAGCUGUAAAGAAAAAGACAAAGGCAGGAAAAAGAGAAAGAAAGAAAGAAUACCAAAUGUUAGAUAUUCAAAGGCCUAGAUUAAAUUGGUCUUACUAAACCUGUCAUGAGAAAUGGAUCAGUUGGAUUAUGGAUUGUUAUUUUGUAUUUUGCAUUCAUUUCUUAUUAAUGAAAUUGCUAUGUAAUAUUGGGAUAUUUGGGUAACAAGGUAAAUUUAGAGUAUUUGAGGUUUUUAAGAGAUUUACAAUACAGCAAAAGCAAAUUAUGGAAACUAGUUUGGAUGAAGAUGAAAUUUCUUCAUAUUCUUCUGAACUAGCUUUUCUGGAGUGAGUAUGAUGCAUCAGCAUCAUCAUCAUCAUCACAUCAUUAUAAUCUAAAAUUUCCCCAUAUGGAAAUGGGUUGAAAACAAGUAAUUUCAGGCUUGAAGUAGUAUGUGUUUUCAGAGUUGGAGGAAGGAUGGAGGAAAAUGGUUUGUUUUUUCAGCUGGAGCAUAUACUUUCAAGUUAUACAUUUUAUGCUUGUAAUGGGAACUAAACAACAGAACAGGUUAGUACUUAGUACUUAUAUAGUUAUGUUUUCUUUAAGAUCUUCGUUGUUUAAAUUUUUUCCUCUCAUUCUCAAUUUUGGAGCUAAUUGAAUAUCUCCAAUUUUCUUAGCCUGAGACCAAUUAUUGGGAUUCUGUCGUGCACAUUCUUUUAGAAACACCAGGAAUGAGGAUAUUCUGGUUACAAUGGUGAUCCUUCAGGUUUACAACACUUUUGUGAUAGAGUUGUUGAUGGUAUUGGGGCAAUUUUCUUGGCUUUAGAAUGACAGCCUGUUAUUUGGUAACAAUGAACCUCUGAUAUUGCAAAAAGAAUUGAACAAGAACAGUGGUGAGCAGAAUUUCAAACUUCAUAACCUGCAUGGCUAUUGCUUGCAAAUGAAUAAUUUCUUACCACUAUUUAUAGCUGAUAUAGAUUUAUAGGUUCUGUUUUGCUUUAUUUAGUUCACAGGUUUGCAUCUUUUUUUCUUUCCCUUUGUAUCAGUUUCCAGUGGUUCCGAUUUAUGAUACCCAUGUCUAUUAUGUUUAACUUAUCAAUAUGGAUUUUAGUUCUAUAUCCUGGGUGGGACACUCUGGACUUGGUUCUCUUUACUAUUUUAAGAAACUGAUCGUUCUCUGUUAUCAACUUAUUUAUUUGCUUAUUGUUUUUUUGGGUGUACCAGCAAGAAAGUGGCCUUUUUUACUUCAGACGAACUGUAGCAUUGUCAUUUGUGUGGUUCCUUUAUACAGGGAAUGCCCUGUGCUGUGUUGUUGGUGCAUGAUGGUUGAAAUGGAGCUCAUUCAUUACACUAAUUUCUGUAAGCAAUGGUUCAUGAGUUGAUAGGCAUCCAGAAUAAUAAAGCAGAUCUGAGAAACAUUAGCAAGUUUCCUAAAGAUCAGCAGGAGGUUGUACUAUCAUCUGAACUAGCUGUGUUCUUUAAAGCUAACAUGCAUGUUGGAGAUAUUGGAAUGAAUAUCAAAAGAAUGGUGGAUGAAUUUCAGCAAAUUUCAAAAGAAGACAUCCCUAAAUUUGUUGACAAUUAUCCUCAGUACAGAAAUAUGCAUGGCAAUGUUUCAAAGCAUGUGACUAUGGUCUUAGAAACGAGCAAAGAUAGUUGAAGAGCGAAAGCUCAUGUUAGUUUCACAAAGAGAGCAAGAGUUGGCUUGUAAUGAUGGGCAAGUGGCUGCAUUUGAGGUAUAGGCCUAUUGCUAUAGACAUCAAGCAUUUUAUAGCCCUAUCCUUAGAUAUUGGGGGGGGGAGAAAUGUAAAAACACAUAAAAAGCAUAACAUAAUAGAGAAUUCGACAAAAUAUAGUAAAAGAGCAUGAGAGAGUCAUAAUGACCUUUUAACAUUAAAAACUAAGGUGGAGAUCAGACACAAGAAAACUUUCUAGUCAAUGAAAAAAAAAAACAUGGAACUUAGUUUGUUAUCCUUUUUCUUUUAUGGGUAGAACUUAGUUUGUUAUCCUUAUUCUGUGGCAUUCACAAAUCAAGGGAGAAAAGAGAAUUUAAGGGAUCGAGGGAGGUUCAUAGAAGGGAAUCAGCCACUUAAAAGUCCCCAAAAAAGAUCAUCUUCUUCUUGUUCAAUAAAAUUAUUAUGUUGCCUUCGACUUGCUGGUGUAAAGAUUGGUGAUCCAAGAAAUAAUCUCCAGUUUUUGCUUCAAGAAUUAAA